CUUACCAGGAAAAGGCCAACAUUGAUGCUACCGGCGAGAACGUAGUCAAGUGCGACUACGACCUUCCGCCCGGCCCAGGCAAGGUCUGCCGGGUCGAAAUGGACCGAAUGGGACCCUGCAUGAAAGAAAAGAAGUACAACUACCCCGCGGGUGGUCCGUGCAUCUUCCUCAAGCUGAACAAGAUCUACGGCUGGAUCCCCCAGUACUACAACACCAGCGGUGAUCUUCCCAAGGGCUUCCCCGAAGACAUCAAGAGCCUCAUCAAGAAAAAUGAGCGCAAGGACCCCAACAUGCCCGCUACCAAGCCCGUGCUAGAGCUCAACACCGUCUGGAUCUCCUGCGAGGGCGAGAACCCUGCCGACGUCGAGAACAUUGGACCGAUCAACUACUACCCCAGGCGCGGCUUCCCGUCCUACUUCUUCCCCUACAAGAACGACAAGGGCUACCUCAGCCCCUUGGUGGGCAUCAACUUCGAGCGGCCAGCGACCGGCGUCCUCAUCAACAUCGAGUGCAAGGCCUGGGCGAGGAACAUUCACCACGACCGCGCAGACCGCCGAGGAUCGGUCCACUUCGAGAUCAUGAUCGACAACUAAACGCCUAAGCUACUCGCCCUCCCGCUCCCCUUCCCCCUUGCGCUGCCCUGCCCUUCUUGCUUCUCUUCUGUCUUGAUCGUCUUUCUCCUCCUCUUCCUCCCCCUCAUCUCCUCUCCCCUUCCCUCUCUCUUUCUGCUUUUUCCUCUUCUUCUUCAACAUCCUAUCCCCCCCCCCUCUUUGCUCUGGGCGGGGCAGCCCUGCGUCCCCCAGGGGGUUGAGGGGAGCGGCUGGGCCAAGCGAAGCGAGGCGAGCGCUGCCGCGCUGCCUCCGGGAGAACUCUAGAACUCUAGCCCACGGCGCUGUGCGGCGCGCGUCGGGCCCGCGCGGAGGCCAGCCGUUUAGCCUCGGCCAGGGUCUCGGCCAAGGCCUCCGCCGUACCGUCCAUCGUGUGUUCGGGAGGGGGAGGGGUGGUCGAGGGACGGGGGCCUCCCCGUGGACCGGACUAUACCCGGGUCCAGAAGAGGUGUCACAUCGCAUCGGGCUGAAGGGACAGGCGGCGGCCUCGCGGCGGCGGGCGCCCGGUGCACCACCAAAGACCUAUCAAGGGGUCCAAAUGAGGACCGAGUCGAGUGCGUAGGACCCGACGGUUGGAGACCUAAGUCAUGCCAUCGUCAGACUGAGGAGUGGUUGUUGAAGACUGGCCUGUGAUGGGGCCGCGCUGGAGUCGUGCUGGAGCCGCGCUGGAGCCGCUCUGGAUGCAAGUCGCAGUGGUGCUGGAGCCGCGCUGGAGCCGUGCUGGAGCCGCAACGACGGAGCCGCGCUGGAGCCGCGCCGGAGUCGCACUGCCGACAACUUGGAUCCAAGUUGGAGCCGCGCUGGAGCCGCGCUGGAGCCGCGCUGGAGCCGCGCAGCCACCAUCCUGAGAUGGGGAAGGAGCCAUGCUCGGACCGUAGUACUCGAGCCAUGCUGGAACCAUGCUGGAGUCGUGCUGGACACCGCCGGUGGAUAUGGGCUGAGGGCCGUGGUGGGCAUCACAUGCAACUACGCACUGCCAUUUUGUCAAGCUGUCCAAAGUGGACAGGACACAAGGACGGUGGUGCCAUGAGGACACUCAUGAGGACACAAAACUAGUGUGGGUGCACAGUCCUGGCACAGGCCUGCGCGAUAUUCGAUAAAAUGAUCUCAAUGCAAGAGCCGAAAACAGGAGAUUCGAAGGGGCCAAUUGUAAGCGGUUCACCCUCGACGGAAAGAAUGACACCUUCAUUCGCUAGCGUACAUCGUACGGCAUUCAUCACAGCACUGCUUAACGGUAGGCCUAGCCGUUUCUGUUUUAAAAUGUCACCGUCGAAUAUCACUCAGCCCUAGCGCAGGUCCAACGCCCAAUAAGGGGCACAGGCACAAAUUUGACCAUUACUCUUUCUUCCUAGUGAUGUGAGAUCGUGCCAUAUUCUACAAAAAAAAAAAAAAAAAAACGUUUUCCGCCAACUAGUCAGAUUUGCAUGAAAUAGUAGGAAGCAACAAAUAAAA